AUGAAGUAUUCACUGGCACUUUCAGUCUUCGUUGUGUCGCUGAUUGGUACCUUUGGUCGGCCGUUCUUCACUGAUCACGAAAUAGAACUCUUCAAAUCCAAAUACAAAUCCUGUAUUGAAGAAUCCAAUGUGAAUGCAAGUUACGCGGUUGCAAUUAUCGCAAAUGCGGUCAUAGAAAAUGAUGGAAAUCUGAAAGAGUUUCUCUUUUGUGUUAACAAACAAAAUGGACUUCAAGACGCUGAUGGUAAUUUUUUGAAAGAUGCUUUAAGGCGAAUAAUGGAAGAUCCGAGUUUACCCAGAAAGUAUGUGGAAGAUCUGGUUAACAAGUGUCCAGAAGCGUGUAAAGUGAAUUGUACCCCACAGGAAAAGGCGUUCCAGUAUAUAUUGUGUUUCCGAAGAACGUUUCUAAGAAGUGGAACACAGAAGCACAGUUAG